GGCCGGAAGGGCCGGCAGGCGUCGCCCGGCGAGGGGCUCCUCCGACUUCCCGUCCGCCUCCUCGCGGGGGAGGGCGGGACUUCCGGCUGCGCCUCGGGGACUUCCGGCAAGGGCCGCUGGGUUAACCCCGGGCCGACGCGCGGGGCCGCCGACCACUCGGGGCCGGAGGAGGACGCCCGGCCGGAGUCUCACGGUGGACGGGACGAGACCUCGCGUCCGGGGCGUGGCGGCCCGGGGCGUCGGCCGCCGGGGUAGCCCUGGGGACGCCGGAAGUCGAUGCGCGGAGGGACAGGAAGUCCCGCCCCCUCCUCCCACAGGGAAGACGGUGAGCCGGAGGAGUCAGUCGGAGGGGCCCAGGGAGCGAGCCCGUCGGCGAGCAGGUAUGAGAGCCAAUUAAGCCACUUUUGACACAAGAAAGGUCACCAGAGCUUUAUCAAUGAUGGAUUCUGAGAUUAAACCUGAGAACGAGGAGGAUGCAAAUAGAAGCAAGGAGGCAGAAGAGCUGAGAAAUCUUUUGUCCUGUGGAGGCAGUUGUGGACCUGUAUCUGACGCGACAGCCAUUUCCUCUGAGAAUAUCACAAGCAAAAGAGGCUUUUCCGACCCAUCUGACUUGGACGGUGUCAACGUGCAGGAAGGCAGAAAUGAACAUGCUUCCAAACGAAUGAGGGUAGAGGAGACAGAACACUUGGAAUCUGGAGGGCAGGGCUCUGGUGGAUUCAGCACUCCUACGAGCUCAGCCACAGAAGCAGACAUCCCGUCAGAUGGGGUGGGAAAGGCGCCCUUCCUGAAGGACUGGCCAGAGGGAGCCUCAGCCCUUCCACCUGCCUCUCCCUCCUCUUCUGAUGUUCACACCAUCAGUGCCCCGUCUCUGAAAACAGACAUGGAAGGAGGGUCUGCUCAGGAAAUCGUUUUCCUUGACCCAAAAAGAGAGUCCCCUUUCUCCCCGAAGGACACAAGUGUCAGUUGCACCGUUAGAAAUGUAGACACAGUUCUCAAGUGCAGUGAAUGUGGCCAUUUGUUUCCAUCUUGCUCUGAUUUGGAGAAGCAUGCUGAAUGCCACGUACAGCAGGCCAAGGGGCACACCUGCUGCCACUGUGGCCACAAAGCAGCACGUGGCCCCACGCGCCAGGCACACGCGAGGAGCCUGCCUGUGGCCCAGGACGUCUUCUCUUGUGAUCUGUGCGGCUUUCAGUGUGGGGGAGAAAACUUGUUGAAUGCACACUAUCUGAGCAAAACACAUCUUCGGCGUCAGAAUCUUGCUGCUCGUGGAGGCUUUGUACAGAUCUUAACAAAACCUUUUCCUAAGAGAACUUGUACCAUGGUAACAAAGAAUGCUCGAACAAGACCAAGGGCUUCUAAACCAGUAGCAAAGAAUGUGGAUUCAAAAGGAUUACAAAAUAGUGGGAGCAAAUUUACAGAUUGUGGAGAGAACAUUUCUCAACACAGUAGUAACACUGAGCUCCUUGUUGAAAUGGAGCCAUCCAGAAAUACAUCAUCAGAAAAAGCAGAGAUUGUUGAAAGUGUUAUAUCCCUCAGUUUAGUUCAAAAUCCUGAGAAUGAGAGUAAACAGCUAGGAGGCUUAGUAACUCCAGAGGGUCCCAUGCGCAGAUCAGAAUCUACCCAGAAUACCCUGCGGACAGCACAUAGCGUCAGUACCACCUCAAGGCCAAGACCUGAGCGAAGUAUUCUAAUGUUGGGUAAUGGAUUUCGCCGAAGAAGUGGCACUUUUGCCUUGAAGGGCCAGGCAAAGAAAAGAUUUAAUCUUUUAGGAAUUAAUAAAAGAGGCACAAAUGAAACACAGAGAGUGUACAUGAAACAUUUUAGAACACAGAUCAAAACAAGUGACGCAGAGCCAGUGCCGAAGCACGUGGAAAUGAGUAACAGUGUCCAGAGUCUGUGUGUGACUACCUCAGACCCCCCGGAAACAACACCGGACAAGGCACGUCCCUGUCUGCUGGGUUCCACGCCUCCAGGCUCCCCAACAGAGAAACCAGCUUCUGACCAGCAGAAGUUGUGCACUUGUACUGUUUGUGGCCAGAUAGCUACGAAUGUGAGAGAUUUGGAAAUCCACGUGAAAAGGUGCCAGGCAGGAGAGGUGAAAUACUGUCACCAAGCUUGUGACUUACCCAGGACGCCACGGGGGGGCCCCGAGGAGCCUUUGCACAACAUGCCGCACCAGCCAGCUGCUUCCGUCCUCGCUUGUCAGUGUUGUUCCUUUGCUUCCUCGAGUGAGAUCAGUCUUAGAGACCACAUGAAGGAAAAGCACGGUAUGGACUUUCUUUGCACUGCUUGUGAUCUGUUCCUGUCUGAGAAAGAUGUGGAAGAACACAAGGCAAGUGAGAAGCAUGUCAGCUUAUUGGUUCAAGUGAAGACUUCUCCAUCGUUGACCAGUGAUUGUGUUUUACAGACCUUACCUUUACGUCCUUUAGAAUCAGAAAACAUAAAAGAAUGUAUGAAUGAAUCAAGGAAAACAGCUCAGGAAGAGCCUGUGAAAUCCAGGGCAAGCCCUGGAAGUGAACUCAGGCAUUCAAGUAAGCCCCAGUUUCAAUGUAAGAAGUGUUUUUAUAAAACGAGAUCUUCCACUGUUCUGACAAGACAUAUAAAGCUCCGACACGGCCAAGACUAUCACUUCCUUUGUAAAGCGUGCAAUCUUUAUUCAUUGAGCAAAGAAGGAAUGGAGAAGCAUAUUAAAAGAAGCAAGCAUCUUGAAAAUGCUAAGAAAAAUAAUAUUGGCUUAAGUUUUGAAGAGUGUAUCGAAAGGGUAUGUAUAGGUGCAAAUGACAAAAAAGAAGAUUUUAACAUUUCUGGAAAUGGAAAGACUGAAGGGCACACAGGUGUUCAGUUACAGGAGCAAUCCUGUCUUGAGAAGAGUGUGCUAACGCCUCAGGAGCCAUCUCCGCCCAGUGUCUUCACCAAAGAUGAUGCAUUGGCUUUGCCCACUACUCCAAAGAGAGGGCGACCCAAAGGCAGCAUGUCACGAACAUGUUCACACUGUGGGCUUUUGGCCUCUAGUAUUACCAAUUUGACUGUUCACAUUAGACGCAAACACAGUCACCAAUACAGUUAUUUAUGUAAAGUUUGUAAGUAUUAUACUGUAACUAAGGGAGACAUGGAGCGUCACUGUGCUACCAAGAAACAUAAAGGACGGGUCGAAAUAGAAGCAAAUGGGAAACAGAGUUCAGAUAUAAUUGUUGUCCCUGAAGGUGGUAAUAUUGAGGCCUGUAUAAAGAACACUCACUCAGCUGUGACUAUGUCUGAUGGACAAGCUAAUAAAUCACCGGAGUCAGAUACCUCCAUUUUAGAGAAGACAGUGGUAGGUCAUGUAAAUGCAGCUGAAAUAGAAGUUGAAAACGUCCUUCAGGCUCUAGAUGGAGAAGUUGGAAGUGUCGUCACCGGUCAAAAGGAACAGGCAUCUCUAGAGCCAGAGACCCUUCUUCCGCAGGGGGAUACACGUGCCCCGAGAGAUGCUGUAGGUACAAGUGAUGGUAAGUGUCUACACUGUGAGUUCAUUGCACACUCGCCUGCGUCUCUAGAGCUGCAUGUAAAACGGAAGCAUACAAAAGAGUUUGAGUUCUAUUGCAUGGCCUGUGAUUACUACGCUGUGACUCGGCGAGAGAUGACAAGGCAUGCAGCCACAGAGAAACACAGAAUGAAAAGGCAGUCCUACCUCAGCUCCUCCAGGGGAGAGGAAGGGUCUGCAGAAAUGGCCAAGGACACUACUGUACCGGAAGACGAGUGUCCACCAAGUCCCAAGGAGCCUCAAAUAACCCCUGACCCACCAUCCCAUGCGCUCAAACCCAGAAAUGCGUCAGGUUGCUCUCUUCUGGAUGAGAAUACUAAUUUAGAUAUGUCUAAAGUUCUGUGUGCUUCUGAUGCCGUAGAACUUGAGGAAGAAGCUAAUUUCAGUGAAGCCCAUUCCCUGAGUGAGACUUUCCAGCAGCCCUCUGCCAAGGAUCAAGUUAUAAAACCUGAGGAACUGGUGUCUGUUAAUAUUUCCUCUAGUUAUGGCUCCCCAAGCAGACUUCAAGAUGAAAAUUCAGGGAGUUCUGCUCUAAACUGUGAGACAGCAAAGAUAAGCCAUGGUGUUUUGGAUAGCAUUGAAAAGCCACACCCACACUGCGAGAGCAGCGGAGGUGAUGCAGGAGAUGGUGGAGGCAAACCGGACAAACACCUGUGUUCUGGAGUCCUGGAGGGAAAGCCUCCAUCUGAACGUGCUUCCCCUGUGAUGAUGGGGAUAAACAGAGAGCAGGCAAACCUGGAUAGUGGUGAUCAGAACAAAGUUGAGUGUGCACAGAAUCCAGAGGAUUUGAAAGAUCUCCAAGAGAAUCCCAUGCUGCCAAAUAAGGAAAUGCUGGUGAAUUCACAACAUGAAACUGAAAUUAUUUUGGAAGAAGAUGCCCCAGCAUCUGAAAGCACAGUUGUGAGUAGUGAUGUUUAUGAAACUAUAAUCAGUAUUGAUGAUAAAGGCCAGGCCAUGUACAGUUUUGGCCGAUUUGACUCCUCCAUAAUUAGAAUAAAGAACCCUGAAGAUCCUGAACUGACAGACCAAUCAGAAGAGUGUCAGAUGGCACCAGGGGUGAGGGUUCCUGAGUUAUCCUUGAAAGACUGUGCUCCAGGCCUGAAAAAGAAGAAGGUUGAAGGCAGUUCCUAUGGCGAGUCCACCCGAAUCCGUUGUGAUGACUGUGGCUUCCUAGCAGAUGGACUGAGUGGACUGAAUGUUCACAUAGCCAUGAAGCAUCCCACAAAAGAGAAACACUUUCACUGCUUACUGUGUGGAAAAUCAUUCUAUACAGAAAGUAACCUUCAUCAGCAUUUGGCUAGUGCUGGUCAUAUGAGAAAUGAGCAGGCCAGUGUAGAAGAGCUUCCAGAGGGAGGGGCCACCUUUAAAUGUGUCAAGUGUACAGAGCCCUUUGAUUCUGAGCAGAAUUUAUUUCUACAUAUUAAAGGACAGCAUGAGGAAUUGCUGCGAGAGGUGAAUAAGUAUAUAGUGGAAGACACUGAGCAAAUCAACCGUGAGAGAGAGGAAAACCAGGGCAGUGUUUGCAAGUACUGUGGGAAGAUGUGCCGAAGCAGCAAUUCCAUGGCUUUUUUGGCGCACAUUCGCACGCAUACAGGAUCAAAACCAUUCAAGUGCAAGAUUUGCCAUUUUGCGACAGCUCAGCUUGGGGAUGCCAGAAACCAUGUCAAAAGGCACCUUGGGAUGAGGGAAUACAAGUGUCACGUCUGUGGGGUUGCUUUUGUAAUGAAGAAGCACUUAAAUACUCAUCUGCUAGGCAAACAUGGAGUUGGCACCCCAAAAGAAAGGAAAUUUACAUGCCACUUAUGUGACAGAAGUUUCACUGAGAAGUGGGCCCUGAACAACCACAUGAAACUCCACACAGGAGAAAAGCCAUUUAAGUGCACCUGGCCCACAUGCCAUUACUCCUUCCUCACCGCCUCUGCCAUGAAAGACCAUUACAGGACACACACAGGCGAGAAGUCGUUUCUGUGUGACCUCUGCGGCUUUGCCGGUGGGACCAGGCAUGCCCUCACCAAGCACCGCCGGCAGCACACAGGAGAAAAACCUUUCAAAUGCGAUGAGUGUAACUUCGCCUCCACCACCCAGUCCCACCUGACGCGGCACAAGCGAGUGCACACCGGAGAGAAGCCAUACAGAUGCCCCUGGUGCGAUUACAGGUCUAACUGUGCCGAAAACAUCCGCAAGCACAUCUUACACACCGGCAAGCACGAAGGCGUCAAGAUGUACAACUGCCCCAAGUGCGACUACGGCACCAACGUCCCUGUGGAGUUCCGGAACCACCUGAAGGAGCAGCACCCCGACAUUGAGAACCCUGACCUCGCCUACCUGCAUGCCGGCAUCGUGUCCAAGUCGUACGAGUGCCGCCUGAAGGGACAAGGAGCCACGUUCGUGGAGACGGACAGCCCGUUCACGGCCGCGGCGCCGGCGGAGGAGUCGGUGCGGGAGCGGCCGCGGAGCCGGGGGCGGCCGGCGCCGGCGCCCGAGCCGCUGCAGCAGCUCAUCAUCAUCCAGGGCUACGACGGCGAGCUGGCGCUCGACGCGGCGGUGGAGGAGGCGGCGGCCGCCACGCUGCAGACGCUGGCGCUGGCCGGCCAGGUGGCCCGCGUGGUGCACAUCACCGAGGACGGCCAGGUCAUCGCCGCCGGCCCGGGCGGCGCCCCCGCGGGCCCCGCGCCCCUCCUCCCGGAGCCGCUGGACGGGGCCACCCAGCUGGUGGUGGUGGGCGGCGCGGCGGACGGCGACGGCGCGGAGGACGGGCCCCGGGGCCCCCGGCCGGCGAGCACGCCGGAGCCGCCGGGCCCCGCGGAGGCCGCGAGCCCGCCGCCCGAGGCCGCCUCCGCCCUGGACGCCCUGCUGUGCGCCGUCACCGAGCUGGGCGAGGCCGAGGGCCGGGACCGGGGCGGGCCGGGCCCCAAGCAGGUGCUGAUCCAGCUGCCGCCCCCGCCGGGGGAGGACGGCGCCGGCCCCGGGCCCCCGCAGCCCCCCGAGGCGCCGGCCCCGGGGACGCGGCCCGCGGCCGUCCUCGCCUCCCAGGAGCGCGCCCAGGUGGCCCUGAAGAAGAUGGUGCGGGGCGUCCUGCAGCUGGCCGUGUGCGACCCCGCGGCGGCCGGGCAGCUGCUCCAGGACGGCGUGGCCCAGGUGCUGGUGAGCGAGGAGGGCGCGGUGCACAUGGUGACGGACGAGGGCUCCCAGCUCAUCAUGCGCGAGGCCGGGCCGCCCGCCGAGCCGGAGGGCGAGAUCUCCCAGAUCAUCGUCACCGAGGAGCUGGUGCGGGCCAUGGUGGGCGAGGCGGGCGGCGGCUUCCCCGAGGGCACCACGCACUACAUCGUGACCGAGCUGCCCGCGGCGGAGGCGGAGGCCGUGUACUCGCACGCGCUCGUGGCGGCCGGGCCCCAGGACCCGCUGCAGGCCGAGGCCGGCGUGGUCAUUUACGCCCAGGACCGCGCCCCGGCCGCGGCCCCGGCCCUGCAGAGCCAGAGAGAGCGCGGCGAGCUCCGGGAAGCGUGAGCCACCGCCCCGGGACGGGGCGGGCGGGGGCGGGCCCCGGGCCCUCCAGGCCUUGCCCGGCAAGGCCCGUGGGGGGGCACAGAACUGGACCCACGGGGCGGCACGGCCUGCCGGGACAAGGGCUCGGCUCAGCAGCAUGGGGGUCCCAGGCCGGGAGCACCCAUGGCCCUUCACUGGCGGGUCCCAGGCCUGCCCUGUACCCCGGGUCCCCCCCACCCCCCACACAGCACAGCAGAAGGUGGGGCGGGGUGCUGGGAGGAGGGAAAUGUCGCGGUGGCCCCCUGCGUGGAGCGGGCAGCCCCGUCCACACCGGAGGCCGGGCAGGAGCGGCAGCGAGGGGGUCACCUCCGAGGCAGUCCUCCCUCGCUUCUGUUUUCUUUCUUCUUUAAAACAAGCGGAGGGCAGCGGCGUCCCCAGAUCCAGGGAGCUGUCGGUCCAGUCCGCGUACGAGUUCCCCCGCCAAACGUGCUUGGGUAAAAUCCUGCGUGAAGGAAAUCUAACGCCUGCAGCUGAGAAAAGCCUCUGCACUCCCUUAAAGUAUCCCUUGGUUAAAAUACCCCGUGCUUCUCAUUUCCAUUCAGUUUUGUCAAUUCCGCACAUGAGAUGCACACUCUGGGAGCUCUCCCGCCGGUACUUUGCUUUUCAUAGCAGAUGUGUGCUCUGUCACCCUCCUCUUGGCCGAGUUCAUUUGUGGCGGGGUGGGUCAGUCUCACAGGCUGACGCUGAACGGUGACAGACAGAACCAGGGCCCCGUGUCCCUCGGCUCGCCCGCCCCCGCGCGUGGACUUCCCGCUGCUCGAUGCAAGUUUAUGUCCCCUCAUUUGUUUCUUGAUGCUAUUGCGCCUUCUUUUUGAAAACUGUAAAAUGAUCCCUUCCCUCAAAGGCAAAAGUUGGUUUUGUUCUGUUUUUCUUUGAAAUAAAAUUAUAGCAUUAAAAG